UAGCGACAACAAACAUGCCACGUGUACGGCAUCAUAUUUAAUAUUUAUAUAACGUAGUUUAUUUAAUAGAGUUUGCAAUGGGAUUGUUACAAAUACUUAUGGUAUUAAUAUUGGAUGUGCAAGUUGUGGUUGCAUUCGACUGUCCCUUUGGAACAUGCAGCCUACAACUGACAAAUUGCUCAGUUGCCGCAGAUAUGAUUCGUUUCUAUAACGACAAGACCUUUUGCAACGGUCGCGGUGUUAUCAUCUCGAAGGUGGGAAUGAAUAAAACGUCUUGCUCCUGUUUCCCAUCCUACUACGGCACCGAAUGCCAGCACAACUACACUAUCGGUUUCAAUUGCACAUCGUCUGAGGAAUGCAACGGGGGCGUGUGUAAUGGCACCAGGUGUGAACGGUGUCCCUCUGGGUGGCGUGGACAAAGGUGUGAACUCGAGACAAUUUCAGAUCCUCCGGUCGGAACAAAGUGUGAGAAUGGCGGAUCUACGUACGCUUUCGGAAACAGAACCGAGUGUCUCUGCGCUUGUGGAUUCAAAGGUGUUACAUGCUCAGAAAUGACACAUUCGGUUGUGAAUGAUACAAAAUGCAAUGAGAUAAUGUGUAAUGGACGAGGAUUCUGUACUAUUCGUCCAGACACAGACACGGCUUACUGCCGCUGCUUUGGGGAAUUCACCGGAGAGUUCUGUCAAAAUACUUUAACAGAGCCAUCAACAAACCUUUCUGAUGCCAUACCCGUAUCCACUAACGUAUGUUCUAAUAACCGCAUAUGCAUAAAUGGAGGAUCAUGCGUGAGUGUAGGUGGCAUAAAAAGGUGUAUUUGCGCUUGUGGAUUCCACGGUUUGAAUUGCGAAUUCAGCCUUGAUCCACAAAACCCUUUCUAUGAGGACGCCUGCAGAUAUAUUCCUUGUUUAAAUAACGGAACUUGUGUAUGGACGGCUGAUGGAUGCAAAGUAGAAUGCAAAUGUUCCCCGCAAUUCAGUGGAACAUAUUGCGAAAUAGCCAUUAAAACGACCUCACAAGCUCCAAAUACCUCAUGUAAAACAAAAUUUUCCGAAUGCGCAACAGACCGCGAUUGUGCCAACACAAAGAUUUGUAAAAUAGUGGAUAAGUGUGGCUCGACAAAAUGCUAUACAGAUUCUGAUGCGGAUAGUUCACAAUAUAUCUUGUUUAUUGCUAUAUCAAUGACUGCACUGAUCGUUUUCCUAAUAGCCAUUUGUGGCUGUUUUUCUCGCAGGUAUUUCAAACAGUUAUGUUCUCGCGGAGUUGGUAACGCACGAGGCCAGCCAAGAGGCAGGAUCUGCACCAUUUCCGGUGCUCACAUCAGUGUUCUCGAUGUCGAUGCCGGAAAUUCAUCCAAUAGUGACGACCUCCCAUCAUACGAUGAAGCAUGUGAGAAACCACCGGAUUAUUCGGAAGUUGUUAAUGGGUACCGAGCUAUUUUUGAGCGCCCCGGGGCGCGUUUUCAAAGUAUUUCUGACUGCAUACAUUUAUAACGAAAGCUGCAUUACCCACUAUGAAAAAUCCAACAAUUGUUCAUUUGUAUUAUAAGGCACUAUCGGUAUUUCAUUAUGCAUAAUAUUAUAUUCCUGUGCAAUAUUACUAUAAUAAUCUCAUGUCAGAUGUAUAAAGUAUUAAUUGUUCAUCUUUAUUUUAAAGUAAUUACAUGUAUAGACUUGAAAUGAUCAAUCACAAUUAAGCAUUUUCAUUCCAAUUCGUGUUCAGUUCAAUUUAUCAUUUUCAUUCCAAUUCGUGUUCAGUUAUUAUUUAUCUGUUUGUGUUUGUGUGAUGUGUAUUGGGCUGUGUCACAAUGUAUGGCAACGGGCCAGCAGCCUCAAAUAAAGGACGUAUAAAAUAUGGUACAAAUGGUCUCCUGCUGAUGUUACUGGAGUUUCACUUUGUCACUAUAUUUUUCUUUUAUUUGGCUUGUCUUGCAUUUUCAUAUAAUUCUGACUCAAUCUCACAAUAAUUGUUUAAUUAUUACCUUUUUAAAGCCUUAUUAUCUGUUUGCACAGUA